AGUUCACCAUGCUGGGUUUGGGGAUUGUGUUUGGGCUGGUGCUGCAGGUGUGGACGCUCCCUCUGCAGAAUUCCUCUGCAGUGUACGACAUAAAGAUGAGGGCCAAACGAGGAUUCUCAGAGGAGUUAAUGUCUCCAGAGAAAAUGAACCCGAUGGACAGAAUCCUCGAGACUAAUCGUGUGCUGUCCAGUGUGACGGGCUACCCGCUGAUAGAGGGGGAUAUAGCCACCACCGGACCCUCCAGCACCAUCUCCUGCCCCGGACAGAGCUGCAAGUGGCCCAAAUCAGUGGACGGGUUUGUGUACGUGCCUUACGAGCUCUCUCUGCAGUACGACACCAUGGACAGGAUCACCAUAGAGAUGGGAAUGCUGGACAUCUCCUCCAGGACGUGUGUGAAGUUUGUGCCCCGCACACAUCAGUCCAACUUCCUGGACAUCCACCCCAACUAUGGCUGCUGGUCAUUCGUGGGGAUGGUCGGUGGGGGACAGCCCCUCUCCCUGCAGAGCCCCGGCUGUAUGUGGUCCGGCGUGGCCGCCCAUGAGUUCAUGCACGCUCUGGGCUUCGUCCACGAGCAGUCCCGCUCUGACCGCGACAGAUACGUCACCAUCCUGUGGGACAACAUCAUGGAGGGUCAGAAGCACAACUUCAGGAAGUACCACACCAACAACCUGAACACCGCGUAUGACUACUCCUCCGUGAUGCACUACGGCCGGUUCGCCUUCUCUGAGGAGGGGUUACCCACCAUCAUGCCCAAACCGGACCCCAACAUCCCCAUCGGUCAGCGAGACGGGCCGAGUCCACUGGACAUUCACAAAAUAAACCUGCUGUAUAACUGCGGGGGCCGCAUCUGACCGGACCGUUACACUGGCAUCAUGGACGAUACUUCACCCUCUGGAACGUUCUCCUACACAACUCAACAGAACAUGAAAUCAGUUUAGCUCGAAGGAGAUAAUGUGUGCAUGCAUACUAGA